AAAAGGACAAGGAACGCAAUCAGAACAUUUUCUUCGUUUGACUGGAGGCAGUCCAACUUCAAUCAUGGAUGACGUCAGUCAAGGACCAACUGACACCUGGCGAUGCUCGAAUUCUGGGGGAAAUUUUUCACUUCGCAUCACCUCCGAUCUGUUCGUCGUUGGUGCAGUGCGAUGAUAGGUUAUUGCUGUCACGGAACUGUGCUAGAGUCUAUUACAUCUACCUGGCUUCAUUCUAUUCAGUGGCUUUGAUCGGAGUAGCUACUGCUGCUUGGUACCAAGCAACGAAAGUACAACCUCCAUUGCUAUUAUAUUUCAAGAGUUAUCUUUUGCUGGUAUAAGUUCAGAUGAGAUACCGGUAGAGGACAAAGCAAGAAAGAGUCGAGUCAAACGACAGAAAGAAACAAACUGGUGAAAGCUACCAAACGCAAGUUAAUUAAUUAAUUUGCCACCAUGACGUUGCUCAGCCGUCCAACACUCAAGGCCAUGGCUCGUCGCAAGACGCUGGCUGAAGCCAAGAAUACUGAUGAUGGGUCCGGGAGUGGAGGUCUCUUGCGAAGCCUGACGGGGAUUGAUCUCGUGCUCUAUGGAGUAGGAUCGUCGGUGGGAGCAGGUAUUUACGUCAUGAUCGGGCUUGGAAGUGUCAUUGCGGGGCCAGCCAUUAGUGUUUCCUUUCUCGCCUGUGGAGCGGCAUGCAUCCUGACGUCCCUUGCUUAUGCCGAAUUUGCGGCGAGAAUACCAGUCUCUGGCAGUGCAUACACCUACGUCUACGUCGCAUUUGGAGAAUGCUUGGCAUGGUGCGUGGCUUGGUUUCUUAUCUUGGGAUAUGGAUUCACAGCUUCGGUGGUAGCCAGAGCAUGGGCCGAUUAUUGUGGUGAUUUGCUCAUCAAGAUUUGCCAAUCCACAUCCUGGGACACUCUCUGGUUGGAACGGUUUACCGAAUGGGAAGUGUUUGAAGGCUACUCAUUCUCGCUCCUCUCCAUGGUCAUUAUUGGGCUCUCUACUUUGGUAUUGUUGCGAGGCGUUCAGGACAGCGCCAUCUUUAACAAUGCCAUGACCAUCAUGAAUGUUUUGGUGUUGGUUCUGGUAAUUGUUGCCGGGUUUGGAUCAGGAUCCAUCGAUAUGGACAAUCUCACUCCAUUUGUCCCCAACCAUGCAGCCAGUGUUCUGCAAGGAGCUGGACUGGUCUUCUUUGCCUUUAUUGGUUUUGACAUGGUCGCAAGCUUGUCGGAAGAAGUGGUCAAUCCAGAACGCAACAUGCCCAUUGGUAUCGUUGGCAGUCUCCUCGCCACAACAUGUAUCUAUGUCAGUGUUUCCUUGGCGGUCGUGGGCAUGGCACCUAUCAAACUUCUCGGUGAAACCGUACCGGUCAUCAACUCGCUUUUGGUCAAUGCCUAUUGUACACACUCGGAACAAGUUUUGUUGGAUGACGCAACCACGGCUUGUCUGGGGAACGGCGACAAACAUUUGAUCAAACCAGUGUUGGCGACUGUGAGCCGAAUUGUGCAAUACGGUGCCGUUUUUGGCCUCACAGUGGCUUGCUUUACAUCCUUGAUGGGACAACCAAGAAUAUUCUAUCGCAUGGCACAAGAUGGACUCUGGUUUCCACAAUUCGCAGACGUCGAUCCAGUCAGUCAAGUGCCGAGAUUUGGAAUCAUUGUCACCGGUGUUGUUACUGCUCUAUUGGCAUGUUUCGUUCCUCUGGAUGCUCUAGCAAACCUCAUUUCUCUUGGUACUUUGAUGGUAUUCACUUUUGUGGAUGCAGGAGUCAUUUUGCUUCGUGUGAGAACCCACGCUGACAAAGUGGAGCAGCAUCAUCAUCAACAACAACAAUCUGCAGGCCGAAAGGACAAGGAAUCCAUCCACGCCGCCAGAAGAGAGAGACGCCGUCGUCAUCAAAAAGAGACAAACUGGGUGGCUUUGCUUUUGGUUGCCUACACUUUCGCUGUGACGUGCUCAUCCGUCAUCAUGACCAAGACCAGUUACUCGUUCUUGGCUGGAUUCUGUAUGCUGGUCGCCAUUGGUGCAGGUUUGGUCAUUACGACGGUGCCGGAAACCUGGGUCGGCGACGAUUCGCAGUCGACUUUGUCGGCAAUGCACGAGCAUCAUUUCCUCUGCCCCUUUGUGCCGGGUCUACCAUUGGCCGGAAUUGCCUGCAACGCAUUCAUGAUGGGCUCUCUCCCGACAUCUUCAUGGUUCUUUUGCUCGAUAUGGCUUGUCCUCGGUGUGUCUUUUUACUUUAUCUACGGCAUCCAUCACUCCAAGUUGCAACAUAAUGAGAGAUACGCAGAGUCCGCGCCCCUUGUGGCAAUGGCAACGGUACCCCACACUGAAAUCGACGAAAUAGGUCUUCCGAACUAUAUGGAUUUGGAAUGAUACAGCUGGCUAUGCCAAAGGUCUUUUGAUAGGGCUCGGUAACGUCCUGUGAUUUCCCCAACGUCUCCACUGCUGCAUCAAAGGCGCAGACAGGUUUUGAUGAUCGUCUUGAAGCCGGAAAAAUACCGCAGAUAAUGCUUCGACCUUGGCACUGGACUUGGGAGUUGGAGCCAGCAUCAGGCAACAGCAAACAUUCAUUCAUCAGCUUUAGCCUACAUAAGUUCUUAAGCGCUUGGGGGUUUGCAGAUUUGCGGUGACAGAUCAGCUCCACCAUUUUACGGGUAUGGCAACGGAAACGCCAAAUCUACUACUAAAACCACUUAAUAGUUACCCAAAACUCGCACC